AAGAGAUCCCGGAAGUUGGCUUGUUUUGGUUUCUGUUGCGGCGGGAAAGCACAAGGUGUGAUGUAAUGAUGCCGUCCAAACCUCAGGAGGAUGUAGCCAAAUCGGACAUCUCCCCGGUUCUCUUCACAACUGACGGUAAACCAAUGUAUUUCUACUUGCGCCCAGGUCAUGUCAAACGCAAGCUGCAGCCACACAUCACAUCUGGAGGAGGGAUGCUGUGCAAUGUCCAGCAGCCAGGAGCAAUCCUGCUGAUUGACCCAGAGGAACGAGUAUCCAUUCCUGAAACUACUGCUCACUGGUAUGUGUCCACCAUGUACAUUCAGGACAGUAUCGACAAGAAUCAACAACUAAACAUAGAGGACUACAGGUUAAAUCCUGAAGAUGUCCCGAGACACUCUACUCGACUCAACAGCAGCAAAAACGCCUCUGCUCGAUUUACAGCAGGCCGGGUUCCCUACACUCCUGAAGAGGAUGCAGCCAUUUUAAAGUACGUCAGCAAGCACAAGGCCGACACCGGGGGAAACCGGCUUUGGCAGGAGAUGGAGAAGCAGCGUGUGACGGCUCACAGCUGGCAGUCGAUGAAAUACCGCUAUCGGAUACGACUGGCAAAGAAACCGCCUGAGGCAGAGGAGGUGAAAACAACAGAGGAAGAGGAGGAGAAUGAAGAAUCAGAUGUUUCACAACCCUGCAGUGAAAAUGCUGCUGCUCCUCAGACACAUUCACCAGCAGCAGAGGCUCUUCGGACAGAAUUAACACAGAAGGAUGUCCAGACCAUAGCAGCUGAAAGCACAGACCCAGAAAAUACAGAGGCUGAAACGUCAGACCUUCCCCAGCCUGAGGAGCCUUGUUUGAGUCCACAGACGGAUGCUAACCCCACUACAGCUGAGAGCAUAGAAACUGAAGCAACUGUCUCUCCACAAAAAGAAGAUUCACCUCGUACUGUUAGCCCAGAAAAGCAGAAACAGAAGCAGGAGACCCCCCCUGAACAGCAUAGACUAUCCCGUAGGAAGCUUGAAUUUAAGGUGUCACCACUGCAUGAACCUGUUGGCAAAAGACUCCGAUUAUCGUCAACAUCAGCUUCCUCUGAGAAACCACCACCAUCCCCUCAGCCUGCAAAGAAAAAGGAAUCACCUGUCAAGCCUGCUGUUCAUAAACAAACAUCAUUAGACUCCCCGUCUUCAAAGAGAGCCAGAGGAAAGAGUGUGGCAGCAGAAGCAGUGAGUCACCAAGGGGAGACGGUAGAAGCUGUUGUGUCAAAAACACCACAACUAGAUGAAGAAUCAGAGUCACUGCCACAGAAAGGAGAGAAGAAAACGGAGAAGAGAAAAUUGGGGAUUCUGGAGUUGGCUACAAAGGAGUUUGAGGAUGACACUGAGACGUCUGAUGAUGAAUCUCUAGAUGUCCAAAACCCAGCAGAAGUAGUAGUGGCACAGUCCACAGCAAUAAACCCACCCUCCCGGUCUUCAGACACAGCUGUGAACCAGGCCUCUACACAGUCCAACCCUGAAUCUGAAUCUGAUUCUGAACCCAGCAUUCAGGAAAGAGCUCAGCAGGCUCAGACUCUCAGCAGUGACUGUGUACCAGAGACGGGCCGUUCUGAGUCUGAAGCCGCUGAUCCUCCCGCUGCUGAAGUUUUUAAUCAAGCUUCCAGGGCUCACCUUUUCAUAUUUGAGAGUGAAUCUCAGCAAGAAGAUUCUCAGUCGCUUAUCGGUGACGGGACCACCGUUCUGUCCAAACCCCGGCCACGUGUGCACAAAGACACUGCACCCUCUCUGACUCAGGUCCAGUUAGAAGAGGAUGUGCAACGAAUCAAAGCGCUCAUGAACCAUACUAAUGGGGAUUUAGUUAGUGUGACCAAAGCACUGUUGAAGACAAGUGGAGACUUCUCUGCCGCACUGGAGUUGCUUAUGGAUCCCUCCACCAUUUCCAGACCAUGUUGGAAUCGCUGUGAUGACGGUCUGCUGCUCUCCGCCGAUCCCGCUGUCCGCCAGCGGCUGCAGGAGAAAUACGGUGAGAUGGAGGUGGCCAAAAGAAUAGUCUUUCUGGAGAUGGAGGGAUGAAAGUGGAGAUGUAAGCAAUAGUUUAGACCGUUCAAAUAUCUCAUCCUUUCCACAUGAAAAUGACAACUGACUUAACCUGACACAUUUUUGAACACAUUUGAGGUUUUAAUUAUUUAAAUUUUACGUAAGAGUCCAUUCAGUUUGGGGACAUAAUCUUUAAAUGCAUGUCAACAUGAGAAUACUUUUUUUUUUAAUCAUUUAUGUGUAUUUUUAAUGUUUCUAGUAAUUGUCAAUAAAUGCUGGAAAAUUAUCUAUUUCAUAAAUUAUCAAAUUCUA